CUAUCUAUUACUAUCUCGUUUGGACGGGGAAACGAGCUGCAGCUUACUGUUUCCAUCCUAAAGUCAUUUGAUGGUGUGGGUCAUUGCGCUGACCAGGAUGAAGUACCUUGCUUACUUGGCUCUUCUCAUCUCAUCUUCACCCUGCCUAGCUAUUCAGCCGUCAGCCCCAGAUGCCAUACCAGCGCCCAUUCGCGAUCUCCAAUGGGGUCAGCUGAAUUUCCUCCACACUACGGACACCCACGGCUGGCUGGCCGGUCAUCUACAGGAGUAUGGCAUUGCCAUCUAAUGUGCCAUUGUUGAUGCUCGCUGAUGCAGAUCGAAAAGGGCUUCCUAUGGAGCAGACUGGGGAGAUUAUGUCUCUUUCACCACCCGCAUGCGGGAAAAGGCACUCGCUGAGGGGAAUGAUCUGCUGAUAAUUGACACUGGUGAUAGGGUUGAGGGGAACGGUCUUUACGAUGCUUCGGAACCCAAGGGCGCCUACAUCUCCGACAUUCUGCGUCAACAGCAAAUUGAUGUGAUGUCAGCCGGCAAUCAUGAACUGUACAAGCAAAACACCUCGGAGACUGAAUUCUUGACUACUGUACCCAAUUUUCGUGGUAGCUACCUGGCGUCCAACAUUGACAUCGUUCAUCCAACUACCGGAGAGCUCGUGCCGUUGGCUCCACGCUUUAAGAAGUUCACAACCGAGAAACAAGGCAUCCGCAUCGUUGCUUUUGGUUUUCUGUUCGAUUUCACCAAAAAUUACAACAACACAAUCGUUUGUACGGUGGAGGAUACCAUUAAGACAAACUGGUUCCAAGAAGCCAUUCGUGACGAAGAAGUCGAUCUUUUCCUCGUGAUAGGCCAUGUUCCAGUUCGUUCGAAGGAGUACAACGCUGUUUUCGAAGAGAUCAGAAACGUUAAUUGGGAUGUGCCAAUUCAAUUUUUCGGCGGCCAUUAUCAUAUCCGCGACUAUGCUCGGUACGAUUCUAAAGCGUACGGGCUGGCGAGCGGCCGCUUCAUGGAGACCAUUGGAUUUAUGUCAAUCGACGGUCUGUCCACCAGCAAGAAUCGGCUCAAUCCUGCUCAAGCAACUCCCAGCUUCAACCGCCGGUACAUUGAUAACAACCUCUACUCCUUUCACCAUCACACCGGUCUUGAUCGGGAUUCUUUCCCCACAGAGCACGGUCGAAAUGUAUCACAUCUUAUUCAGCAGUCCAGGGAUGCCCUUCAACUGGAUAGGGUCCACGGUUGCGCUCCUCAGGACCUCUGGAUGACCCGAGUAAAGUAUCCUUCUCAGGACAGUAUAUAUACGUGGCUCGAAAAGGAAGUGCUUCCUAGUCAAGUGAAGGAUGACUCUCGCGACGGGAAGCCCGCGUUGGUCAUUGUCAACACUGGAGCCAUACGCUUCGACAUAUUUAAGGGUCCGUUUACGCAAGAUACGACCUUCAUCGUCUCGCCCUUUACGAGCGGCUUCCGCUAUAUCAAGGACAUCCCCUACGAGAAAGCGCAAACGGUAGUAGAAAUUUUGAACAGGCAGCCGCAAAUUUUGACUGCGCCUAAGGACCACACAAACUACACACCAUGGACUCUUGCGCCGCCGGAGCAAUCAAUGCAUAUGCACGAUAGGAUUGUGGAAAGCGACGAUGUGGCUGUUCACUAUCUUACUGAUCAGAGUCGGUUUCCAAUGAGCACACCAUUCACGCCUGAGGUUUUUCCUGGCUACACCACUGCAGAUGAUGGGGGUAUAGACGGUGAUGAUACUGUUCAUUCGCCAAUAUCAUUCUACCGUGUCCCAAAUUGCAUUCAAGCUCUCAUUUCUCCAGGGACGUCUGCCGAUCCGAAGACAGUGGAUCUCGUGUAUAUUGACUUUAUCGAGCCCUACGUGGCGCUGGCCGCCAAAUUUGCGAGCCUUGAUCUCGAUUUUGCACGGGAUAGUGACGUCUAUAUGCCCUUUGAGACGUUAACUGAUCUUAUCUUGGACUGGGUCAAGAAUAACUGGAAAUGCGAAGAUGCGUGAUUCAGUUUCUAGUUCGGUUCAGAUCACUGUUUGUGCCAAUGGAAUCAGUAAAUGAUCUGAAUUACUGUAGCCUAUUAUGAUUGCGUACAUGCACUUAAUAUACUAUUUAUA